AUGGGUGGUUCAAGAGGAAGUGAGAUUUUAGUAACUACUCGUGCUGAGUUGGUUGCAAAUGUUAUAGGGACAAAUUCACCAUAUUUUUUAAAAGGUUUGUCUGAGGAAGACUCCUUUUCUUUAUUUAAGAAAAUGGCAUUCAAACAAGGGAAAGAGUUGGAGAUUACAUUUCAAGUAACAAUUGGCAAGGAAAUUGUUCAGAAGUGUAAGGGAGUCCCUCUUGCCAUAAGGGCUUUAGGAAGCCAACUAUACUCUAAAGAUACAGUUGCUGAAUGGUUGACUUUCAAAAAUAAUGAUUUGUCAAAAAUAGCUGAAGAAGAGGAUGUUAUUUUGCCAAUACUAAAGUUCAGUUAUGAUUACCUUCCUUCGUAUCUGAAGAGAUGCUUUGCAUUUUGUUCCUUAUAUUUGAAAGAUCAAAAAAUUGACAAACAAGAAUUAAUACAAUUGUGGAUUGCGGAGGGUUUCAUUCAGUCAGUGAAUGAAAAUCAACAAUUGGAGGAUGUAGGUGAUUUGUAUUUUAUUAAUUUAUUGAGGAGGUCCCUUUUUCAGGAUGUUGAAAGGAAUGAAUGGGGUGAUCUAAUAAGUUGCAAAAUGCAUGAUCUUGUCCAUGACCUUGCCCAAUCGGUUGUGAGGGCGAGAUGUUCCAUUGUGAAUUCGAAUGUAGAAAAUGUUACUGAAAGAACUCGUCAUGUAUCACUUGGUUUCAGUGUAAAUUCAUCAUGGAAUAUUCCAACUCACUUGAUCAAAGCUAACAAGUUACGAACAUUUAUUUUGAAGGCUCAAAAGGUUGAAGUUUCAGAUAACCUAGUUUUUGAAAUGAUUGUUUCAACUUUUAAAUGGUUGCGUGUAUUGGAUUUGCAUUCCACGAGGAUCGAGAUUGUGCCGAGUUACAUAAGCAAGAUGAAACAUUUAAGGCAUCUUGAUCUCAGUGAUAAUACUGAUAUCACGACUUUGCCAAGUUCCAUAACCAUGUUGCAAAAUUUGCAGACUUUAAAACUCAAUUGA